CGCGGCUCCCCAUCCCCUCACAGAGGCCACGCCCUCCGCCACGCCCUCACCUCUCACCCACCAAUCACCGCCGAAUCCCCUCUCUCAUCGACUAAUCACCGCCGAGUCCUUUCCAGCACCAACCAAUCAACGCCGAGCGAGGGCGGGGCUACACCCGGAGGCGUAACCAAUCAGCACUCUCCGCCUCUCGGCGUUGCUAUGGCGCCGCCAUGACAUUUACCGAGGCGGAAGUGGCUGCGGAGCGCCGUGACGUCACGCGCUUCCGGCGGAAGCAGGAAGUGGCGGCGCCGCCGGGAUCCCAAAAAUCCCCGAAUUGGGCCCAAAACCGCCCGAGCUCGGCCCCGACCCGGCCCCGACCCGCGCCCCGGCCCCCGGAGCCGCCCAUGAGCGGCGGGCGCUGGCGGCGGCCCGCAGAGAUGGUGCAGCCGGGGCCCGAGGCGGAGCCGGCGCUGGCGGAGGCGCUGCAGCGGCUGCGGGCGGAGAACCGCGAGCUGAGGAGUGCCCUGUGUCACUGCACGCAGUCCCUGCGGCAGCGCCUGGACGAGCUGCGCCGGCUGCAGCUGCAGCGCCGGGGGGAGCGGGAGCUGCUGCGGGGCCGCUGGGGCCAGGCCCGGCAGCUGGUGCUGCACCUGCGGGGACAGCGCGGGGACAGCGCCGGGGACACCGGGGACAGCGCCGGGGACACCGGGGACAGCGCCGGGGACAGCCCUGGGGACAGCAGGGACACAGCCGGGGACACCAAGGACACCCCCGAGGACAUCAGGGACACACCCAGGGAUGUCAGGGACUCUGCUGAGGACACCAAGGACACCCCUGGGGACAUCAGGGACACCCCUGGGGACACCAAGGACACCUCUGGGGACAUCAGGGACACCCCUGGGGACACCAAGCACACCUCUGGGGACAUCAGCGACACCCCCAGGGACAUCAGGGACACCCUUAGGGACACCAAGGACCCCCCUGGGGACAUCAGGGACACCAAGGACAGCCCUGGGGACAUCAGGGACACUCUCAGGGACACUGGGGACAUCUGCAGGAGCACCCCUGACAGCAGCACCGAGCCCCCCCUGUCGGUGUCCCCCCCCUUGGACGAUGUCCCCGCUGCCCCGGAGCCCCCCCAGGCUGGUGGCCCUGCGGGUGGUGUUGGGCAGGGUUUGGUGACACCGCUGUCGCUGUCCCCAGGCUGGUGGCCCUGCGCUCCCGCGUGGCCGUGGCCGAGCUCCGGGCUCAGGACGUUUCCACGCGCGGCCGAGCUGCAGCUGCAGGGACUGCGCCGCCAGCUGGAGCAGGACAAGGCCCAGGUGCAGGCCCAGGUGACGUCGCUGCUGGGGGAGCUCCGGGAGAGCCAGAAUCGCCUGGAGAGGAGCCGGGCGGAGAGAGAGCACCUGGAGCGCAGGGCCCGCGGUGACGCCGAGCGGUGCCAGCAGCUGGAGGAGGUGGCCCAGGGCCACCAGGUGCAGCUGGACCAGCUCCGGCUCCAGGUGACCAACCUGGAAACCGCCCUGAGGGUGGAGCGGCGUGGGGCCACCGAGGAGAAGAGGAAGCUGGUGCAGCUGCAGGCCGCGUACCAUCACCUGUUCCAGGAGUACGACGCCCACAUCAAGGCCAGCCUGGAGGGGGACAAACGGAGCCAGGUGCCCUCAGGUGCGCUGGCCCCUGAAGCAGGAGCUCAUCGACCGGCCCUCAAGCAGGAGCUCAUCGAUCGCCUCAAGGCCGAGGCCGAGCGCCAGCGGGCGGCCCUGGAGACCAUCCCGGUGCUGCAGGCACAGGCCGACAUUUACCGCGCGGAUUUCGAGGCGGAGCGCGCGGCGCGGGAGCAGCUGCACGGGCAGCGCGAGGCUCUGCAGGAGGAGCUGAACCAGCUGCGGCUGCGGCUCGGCGGGGGCGGGGCCAGGGCCCGGCUGGAGGAGCUGCGGAACCGGCACUCGGAGCAGCCCCCGGCCCCGGCCCCGGCGGGGGGUUUUGGGGGGCUCCUGCCCCCCCCCGAGGAGGGGCCCGACCUGUGCUGCCCCAAGUGCCAGUACAAGGCGCCGGACAUGGACACGCUGCAGAUCCACGUCAUGGACUGCAUCAAGUGAGGGGGGCCAGACCCCCUGCACCCCAAAAACAGCCCCACAAACAGCCCAAAAACAGCCCCUCAAACAGCCCCACGGCACCCCAAAAACAGCCCCACAAA